AUGAUGUCCGGUCCUUGCCAGGAGUUGACUUUUGUUACAAACGUUGACAGGUUUGUAAGCAAAGAUGGGUGGCUAUUCCACUGGCAUCGGCGAAGGCUGAGUACUGGGUAGUAAGUUGUCGAGAGCACAAUAGCGCAGGCACAAGAGGAACGAGAAGACCCUUGAAGCUUGAAGCUUGAAGGCCUGCAGUGAGCGGCGCACACACGCUUCACAACUUUCCAUUUCUGGAUAUCCUCUGUAACCGCCACUGCGACAGGCGGUACCGUCAAGCAGGCUCGCUCAUUUACACUCACUUCCCUCGGUGUCCUCCAUUCUCAUCCAUCAUGUCGGUGUGUCCACCAUACGCACCGUUCUUUGGCUUUGCCGGAGUGGCAUCUUCGAUGAUAUUCAGCACUGUCGGAGCUGCGUAUGGCACCUCAAAAUCAGGCAUCGGUAUCGCGGGAUUGGGGUCGUUCAAGCCUGAGCUCAUCAUGAAGUCCCUAAUCCCCGUCGUCAUGUCUGGUAUCAUUGCCGUCUAUGGGCUCGUAGUGUCCGUGCUCAUUGCAGGAGCGUUGACGCCGACCGACUACUCCCUAUACGCUGGCUUCAUCCACCUAGGUGCCGGGCUUUCAUGCGGUCUCACGGGCCUUGCAGCUGGGUAUGCGAUCGGCUAUGUUGGCGACUCGUGCGUGCGGGCGUACGUGUACGAGUCGAAGGUCUUCGUGUCCAUGGUGCUCAUCCUGAUUUUCGGAGAGGUGUUGGGGUUGUAUGGGUUGAUUGUCGCUCUGAUCAUGAAUUCGGCAGCGACAGAGGCAGGAUCGUGUACAUACUAACUAUCUCGAUGCUGUGCCAUGAUAUCCGGAAUACACUACACUCAACUAUGAACCAGCCUUGUCUGGUAAGGAGUGAAUAUACAAAUCGAGGGAUACGAACAGUUGCUUGAAGGACAUUCAGUCGUAGCGCCUCCUGACCCUGCUAGGGCUGCGGCUAUCGCUUUUAGCUCGAGGCUUCCUGCCUUUCCUUCCCCUCGAGCGACUGCGCGAAGAUGACAAGUCAGAGCCGGAACUGGAGUCCGAGUCUGAGCUUGAGUCUGAACCUGAGCUCGAGCUUGUGUCCGAGUCUGAAUCACUGUCGCUGUCGGACGCGUCAGACCCUGAGCUGGAUGCGGACCUUCAAGAGAUCAGUCAAUAC